GCAGAGAAGAAAAAACCGAGCGCGUAAAACCCUAAACCCUAGCCCCCCUCCCUCCCCAAAUCCUCCCCUCGCGGCUGCAGGGGACGGAGAACCACCGAGCGCGCCGACGGCAGCCAUGGCGACCCUCCUGAGGCGCGCGUCGCUGCGGCGGGCCAUCGCCUCCGCCGCCGCCUCCUGCCCCGAGAGCUAUAGGCAGGUGAUCUGUGGUUCUUCCUUUCAUUGCCGAGAUUUCGCAUCUAAAGCCAAAAAGAAGUCAAAGUCAAGUGGAACCGACUCCGGUGAGGAGAACAUGUCAAAGAAAGACUUGGCUUUACAUCAGGCCAUUGAUCAAAUAACAACUUCGUUUGGAAAAGGAGCAAUAAUGUGGCUUGGCCGCUCUGAAGGUCAUAGAGAAGUACCUGUUGUGUCUACCGGAUCUUUCUCUUUGGAUCUGGCACUGGGAAUUGGUGGGCUUCCAAAGGGACGUGUUAUAGAGGUGUACGGUCCAGAGGCUUCAGGAAAGACAACUCUUGCUCUUCACGUUAUUGCAGAAGCACAAAAGCUUAGCGGUGGUGGUUAUUGUGCAUUUGUAGAUGCAGAGCAUGCUUUGGAUCCAACUCUGGCAGAGUCAAUUGGUGUCGACACCAGUAACUUACUUCUCUCUCAGCCAGACUCUGCUGAGCAGGCACUCAGUCUUGUAGACACGCUGAUUCGAAGUGGCUCUGUUGAUGUUGUUGUUGUUGACAGUGUAGCAGCUCUUGUCCCCAAGACAGAGCUUGAUGGAGAGAUGGGUGAUGCACAUGUCGCUCUCCAAGCCAGACUGAUGAGUCAAGCUCUUCGCAAGCUGAGCCAUUCUCUUUCACUGUCCCAGACAGUUUUGUUAUUUAUUAAUCAGAUCAGGUCUAAGGUACAGACGUUUGGGGGAGGAUUUGGAGGGCCACAAGAGGUCACUUCCGGUGGAAAUGCCCUUAAAUUUUAUGCCUCGGUUCGCCUGAAUAUCAGGCGAAUUGGCAUGGUAAAGAAAGGUGAAGAGAUUAUAGGAAGUCAGGUUACUGUGAAGAUUGUGAAAAAUAAGCACGCCCCACCAUUCAGGACCGCACAGUUUGAGCUGGAAUUUGGAAAAGGAAUAUGCCGCAGUUCAGAGCUUUUCGAGCUUGGAUUAAAGCACAAGCUUGUUAAAAAGACUGGAGGCGCAUAUUAUUCUUUCAACGAACAGCAGUUCCAUGGUAAAGAUGCCGUUAAAUCUUUCCUUACUAAAAACGAGGGUGCUGCGAAGGAACUGGAGAUGGAGCUAAGGAGAUUGAUCCAGACUGAACCACCGAGAAAGCAAGAGGCUGAAGACGACAUGCUGGGCGAUCUGCCUGAGGAGACUGUCAGGCCUGAAACAUCAGAAGAAGAAGAUCUGGCUGCUAUAAUCGAGGCUUGAACCAGCGAUGAUAGGUUAGCUAGGAAUGUUACUUGUGGCACGAACUGUGUUCUGGACUUGGACAUUGAGUUCUUACUGCACUGGAAAACGAGGAGGUGGCUUCUUAGAGUAGACACUGGGUGUGUUUUGGGAGGAGGGGGAAGGGCUCAGGAUUCAGUAGCAUGUAAUCAUGUACUGUAUAUAUGUUGCAUGCCUUGACUAUUCUUGACUGAAGAGCUGACCUGCUGCUGCUUCUGGGAUGAAUUUUAUUCUCAGGCUUCAUUUCAGCCUUACCUGAGAGCAGUUGCUUUGAGCGGCAGCCGGCAGCACUGAAAUGCAAAUUGUUUUAUUGCGCAA